AUGCGCGUUCUGCCCACCGAGCUGCUCUACCACAUCAUCGAGUCCGUCCUGCCCUCGAAUCCUCGCGCCUUGAUACCGCCCUCGCAUAUCUCGACAAAGACGCUCCUCGCCUUGACACGGGUCUCGCGCGACACGUACCGAUUGGCCACUCGGCUUCUGCGAGAGCGAUGCCUCUAUAUCGACACGGACCGCCGCCUGGCUGACCUCUUGCUCUGCGUCCCUCGCUUUGUCCCGAGCCUACCGCCCGUCUUAUCCCUGCGAAAUAUCACAUCUCUCUAUCUGGCCCCGUUUGGCGACUCCCUCGAUGACCAGCCCACGGCGAUCUGGGUGCGAGAGCUCUUUUGCGAAGUCUGCGAGACGCUGAGGAGGCUGGUGGUUCUCAUGCCAUUCCAGAGCCUCGAUCCCCUCGAUGACCACCUCAGCAUCCGGAGAACUCUCCGCGAGGGGUUUGAGCGACUGCACAGGCUGCAGGAGUUUGUCUGCCUCGGCGACUAUCCGGCGCUGAGUGUCCCCGACAGCCCCACGGACGUAUGGAGGUUAUGGCCCGACCUCGAGCGCCUCACGCUGUUCGGGGCGCCGGUGGACAGCCACUGGCUGUGGUGGGACAUUGCGACGCUCCCCAGGCUGCAGCAUGUCAUCCUCGCGCGGUCCCUCAACGUCGAGGCCACCAACAUCAAGGAUGAGUACUUUCAUAAGCUACCCCGGGACGAUGCCAAACUCGACCGAGAUAUCAAGAUCGUGCUGCUGGACGCCGGUUUUGUGUGGAGGGGGGUCAAGACGGAUCGCUGGAAGCAGAUUGACCCCAAGAAACGCAUGACGGUUGAGCUGUACGAUGUUCCCACCUCGUUCUACGGUGACGAGAUGCCCCGUGAGCUUGUUACGACAAUCGAGGACGGUCUAGACCUCGCGGGUGUUUACAAGUAA